CUGUAAUGUGUAUACCUGGCGGCAUACGUGCGGCUUUGUAAACAUGAGACUCCAGCACAAAUUGCUGUUUUAUUCCCCGUAUUUUCAUUUCUGUUAAUGGUGCAUUGGUACGUGUGCUGCUUGCUCACUGUGCUCAUGCAUAAGUGUUUACCUGUGCUUAGCUUUUUGCCACACAGUUGAUCGUUGCAACCGGUUUCAAUGGAAUGACAGUUGAAUGCGAGCGUCUGAACGGUGAAGAUCACGAUUCUCCGAUACACACGGUACAUCAAGCCCUCUUAAGACAUCUGCCGAGCGAAACGAAAACAAAACGCGAAGGGAAAUAAAAAUUAUAUACGUUAAGUGAAUGGAUAAUAUUAAUGUGUUCUUAAGUGAAUAUCGGCAUUUAAGAGAGAAAGCUGCUUUGGAAAAGUUUAUGAUUCUCGAAAGUGAGAAGUGAGUUAAAUCUUUGGAACAGAAAUAGUGUGAAAAAUUUAAAAAAAAACCAACAAAAAAGAAUUUUAUCAAUAAAAUCUGUAUUGGCAUGAAAUAAAUGGAUAAAACAACAUGAAAGUUUAAGAAAUAAAAGAAUUCGUUGCACUCGAAAUAAGAACGUAAGAGAAAACGAAAGAAAAUUUGCAUAAAUUCGUUGAAGAAUCGUGUUGAAAAGCAAAAGACAAAACAAAAGACGUGAACCCAAUCAUCACUGGAAAUAUUACUGAAUUUGAAAAAACAAAAACAAAACGAAUUGCCGUACAUUUGAGGCAUUUUAUGCAGAAAUCCACCGGCGAAAAAAAGAUAUCGCUCCGAAAUGACAUCGAACUCGGACAAAAACCGAUCACAAAAUAAUAACGGAAAACAAAAGGAUCUUUGGGCUAAUCAACAAAUAAACGUGCCAAAAAAAUGCACGCGUAAUCCGUCAUCGCGAAGUGAUAGGAAAACGGACUCAGUGAUAUCAUCAGAUUCGGACAUUCGAUUCACGAGGCGAAAAUUGGGAGACACGCAAAAAUGUGGAUGUGCUGUGAUUGCCGGUUUGCUCAUAUUCAUGCUGUUUGCCACAAUAGCAAUGUACUUUGGAUAUGUACUACUCAAAUAUGAUUCAUUGCCUGAACGGAUAUUCAGAGCAAAGCUACGAAUCACUGCCGGAGACAAUUGGACUACCGAAUUGGCCGAUCAAAGUUCACUGCGAUUUCAACAUCGUGCAAAAUACUAUCAACAUGCCAUCGAUGGAAUGAUCAAUCGAUCGGAUCUCAAGGAAGGGUAUAAAAGAAGCGAGGUUUUGGCGCUGGAUGGUGACGAAGACCGAAGCGAUAUGAUCAUCCACUUGAACCUUAAUUUUGAUCCUUACCUCGCUUUAGUAUCCUCAGCUGACUUACUCUCCGUAUUUAUCGAACAAAUUGGGCAACAAAUGGUGCCCGAAUUCGCAAAUCUGACAAUUGAUUUGAGCAGUUUGGAUAUCAACGAAGUGACCGGAUUCAUGGGUGAUGAGCCAUCAACGAAUGCAUCACCACUUCGACCCGACGAAACAUCAGAUGCACCAAAAGAACACAAACCACAACGUCGAUGUGAAGCCGUCAAGCUUGACUAUUGCCAAAACAUUGGAUACAACGUGACAACGUACCCAAAUCUUCUUGGUCACAAAAAUAUCGACGAAGUCAAAGCCGAUUUGAUUGCCUUCCGCGAAAUAGUAGAUUCAGAGUGCUAUCGCCAAGCGUAUGAUUUUGUUUGUCGAUUAUUGCAACCGCCUUGCAAAUAUCGUGAUCCAUUUGAGCCGGAGAUUGGACCAAUCUGUCGCGAAUAUUGCCAAGAUUUCCAAAAAUCCUGCGGAAGUCGCAUCACGAAUCACUUUAAAUCGUUUUUCGAUUGUGAACGCUUCCCGGAGUCAAUCGGAUCACAAAGUUGCCACUCAAAACCGAACUGCAUUGAAGAUCUGCAAGCAAAGGCGCUUUCCAAUCGACUUUGUGAUGGUAUCCCGGAUUGUCCAGACCUUUCAGAUGAGUUUAAGUGUUCGUAUUGUGCUCUGGAUAGUCUUUACUGUGGCCGCGGCAGAUCAUGCAUUCCAAAGAGUGCUCGGUGUGAUGGAAAAAUUGACUGUCCUGACGGACUCGAUGAAAGAGACUGUCUUUCAAUAGCACCUUUGCUAUCAGAGUUGAAUGACCCGAAACCAUUGACACCGCAACAAGUCAAGUUUAACUCGGAAGGAUUUGCUAUCUUCUCCGAGAAAGGAGAAUCGGGCAAACUUUGUGCUGAAGGCCUUGAAUCACCUAGCGAUAAACACAUCCAGAGAACCGUUUCUGAAUCACUUUGCAAAGCACUGGGCUAUGAGAAAGUAGCAUUCUCUGAAGUGCGAAAUGACACCGAACCGAAUACGCGCUAUGUUCGCGUGUUGGACCCAAAGGCGGCUGAAAUAUCUUUUGUUCGUACAACGUGUGAAAAGAAACAAGCGCUUUAUGUUUCGUGCUCAAAUUUAGAAUGUGGAUUUCAAUCUGUUCUGAGCGCGAAUUCAGCAGCAAGUUUAUCAAAAAUGGCAGCACCUGGCGAUUGGCCAUGGUAUGUAUCUCUUCAUCGUGACGAAACUCAUGUAUGCGACGGCACAUUGGUAUCAGAAAAUUGGGUGUUGACAACUGAAUCAUGCUUCCAAGGACAGUCGAAAGCCACUUGGAUCGCCGUGCUUGGGAAUAUUCGUCUGAACGCAAACACACCAUGGAGUCAGAGGAGACGCAUUAUUGGUAUGAUAAAAUCGCCCGUAGAAGGAUCAACAGCUGCUUUAAUUCGUCUCGAAACGCCAGUUGUGUUCAAUGAUUUCAUUCGACCGAUUUGCUUGCCAGAUGCUUUGAACAUCAAAAACUAUGUCUCUGCUCAGACAAAUAUGUCCGAUGCCGAAAAGCCCACAGCAGACACAUUAUCACGAAGUAAAAAAGAUGAAAAAUAUGAAUCAAAUUUGCCGGAAAAUCGUGACUAUUUCUUUGGACCGGAGGAUGUGCAUGGCGAAGAAAUCGAAGAUGAUCUUGUGCGUAGAAUUCGUGCCAUUCCACCGGAAUUCUACAGUUCAUCAGUAGCACCUCCACUUGAAGUCAACGGCACAACACCACAAGGAAGAAAUAUGGUGGUUGAUGAUCCAGCCGCCACUCAGUGGACAACAUGUAACACACUGGGAUGGUCACGACAGCGCGAUCAUUUGCAACGAGUCCAACUGAAACUCAGUCACAUGGCGAGCUGUGAGAAUAUUUCCAUUGCCACAGUGAAUUCAAUGUGCACCGAAGCCGCUUUCCACAAACAAGAUUGUACCGAAGAAGAGUAUUCGGGCAGUCCAGUGAUGUGUUUACUACCAAACAGCAAUCGAUGGGCUUUGGUUGGCGUGUCAAGCUGGAGAAUAGCUUGUCAGCCUAAUGGCAUUGAACGACCUCGAAUGUACGACAAAAUCACACCCAAUUCAGCUUGGAUUCGACACACCAUCAAUUCAACGUAAUCCAAAUGACAGCAUUUAGCGCGUCAAAUGUGUUUGUAAAUAUUUUUUCAAAGUGUACAGAUUUUUGUAUUGUGUAUGACAAAGAAUGACUGUUGAACGUCACCUAAACUAUAAAGAUGAAACUAAAUAAAAAGAAUAGAUAAGCUUUUUUAUGAUUCAGAGGAAUGAAUACGGAUGAACCUUUCUACAGAAUACGCCAUUAUUGCUUUCCAUUUUCUGUAAUAAUUCGAAUUGACCGGGAAACUUGUUUCGCUUUUGUUGUCAUUUAGCAAAGAAGCAAUCAAUUUGAUUUAAAUAAUCACAUAUGUGUGUUUUGAUUCAACAGUUUUAAAUAAUGACUUAGUAAAUGCGAAUAUGUUCGAACAAAAUUGGCGAAUUAUUGAAAUUUUGUUCCACUUUACAACUUUCGUUUGAAUUUCGCAUUCGAAGACGUUCGAUAACAAUCGAAAGUGAUGUUUUUUUCUUAGUGAAACAGGUUUCCAAAAUAAAUUUGGACUGACAACAAGGUGUACAAAUGAUGACCAUCGAACUAAGACACUAGUUGGUCAUUUGCUUUUUUGCUCAGAUAAUAAUCAACGAUAAACUUCAUGUUUCCUCCCGAUGUUGUACUAUUUUAGUAGAAAACAUAAUCAAUUUAAUAUAAAGAUAAAGCUAAUAGUCGAAUUGAAAUUUUCCCAUGAUUGAUUCUUUUAAAUGACAAUUAUUUAUUAUUAUUAUUUUUGUUCGUAUGUUGUAUACCUUUAUCAUGCCAAAAUAAUAUGUAAGCAAAACUUAGUAGUUUUUUAAGGGAUAAAAUAUAUAAGAAAUUUAAUAUAUAAACUACUUCGUAGACGAUUUAGCCAAUCAUUUCAUAAAUAAAGACGAUAAAUAAAUGUAAA